AUGGCGGCCCCCGAGUCCGCGCCGGCCGGGCUGCCAGGCGCCGCGGAGAGCGAGGAGGAGACGAUCCUCUACGACUUGCUGGUCAACACUGAGUGGCCCCCGGAGACGGAAGUACAGCCUAGAGGCAACCGAAAACAUGGUGCAUCCUUCAUCAUCACAAAAGCAGUUAGAGAUCGUUUAUUAUUUUUACGCCAAUACAUCUGGUACAGCCCUGCACCGUUUUUGCUCCCUGAUGGACUGAUUCGCUUGGUUAAUAAACAGAUCAACUGGCAUUUGGUCCUCGCAAGCAAUGGAAAGCUUUUGGCUGCUGUUCAGGACCAGUGUGUGGAGAUCAGGUCUGCCAAAGAUGACUUCACAUCUAUUAUUGGGAAAUGCCAAGUUCCAAAAGACCCGAAACCGCAGUGGAGACGCGUGGCGUGGAGUUACGACUGCACCCUGCUGGCCUACGCGGAGAGCACGGGCACCGUGCGCGUGUUCGACCUCGUGGGAAGCGAGCUCUUCGUUAUUGCCCCGGCAUCUAGUCUAGCAGGUGAUUUGAGCUAUGCCGUUGCUGGGUUGAUAUUUUUAGAACAUAAAGGAAGUGCACAGUGGUCUGCAGAACUCCUAGUCAUCAAUUACCGAGGAGAACUUAGAAGUUACCUUGUAAGUGUUGGAACACAUCAGAGCUAUCAAGAGAGUCACUGUUUCAGCUUCAGUGGUCAUUAUCCUCAUGGAAUCAACACAGCCGUCUACCAUCCUGGUCACAGACUUUUACUGGUUGGUGGAUGCGAAACUGCCGACGUGGGCAGAUGGAAGGCUUCCAGCUCCGGCCUGUCCGCCUGGAGAGCCCUUUCAGGCUCACCGUACUAUAAGCAGGUUGCUGAGGGCGGAGACCGCGCCGCCGCGGUUCCAGCGACUCUGGGAUUAUUGAGGAUGUUAAGCAUCAAGUUCUCCGGGCGCCCAGGACAAGAACAGGAUGGGAUCUUUAAGAUGAGCCUCUCUCCAGAUGGGACCCUCCUUGCAGCCAUUCACUUCUCAGGGAAACUCAGCAUCUGGGCCGUUCCAUCCCUGCAGCAGCAAGGGGAGUGGAGUCAAAAUGAGCAGCCAGGGUAUGAUGACCUUAAUCCUGACUGGAGACUCUCUGUGGAGAAGAGGAAAAAAAUCAAAGAUAAAGCAUCCUUUUACCCCCUGAUCGACGUGAACUGGUGGGCAGACAGUGCUGUGAUUUUGGCUCGCUGUUCUGGUGCUCUGACUGUUUCCUCUGUGAAAACUUUGAAGAAUUUGCUGGGAAAAUCCUGUGAAUGGUUUGAACCGUCACCUCAAGUCACUGCUGCCCACGAUGGGGGAUUUUUAAGUUUGGAGUGUGAGAUCAAACUUGCCCCCAAACGCUCUCGUUUGGAGAUGAGGGGUGGAGAGGAAGAGGAAGGAGAAGAGGAUUCGGAUUCCGAUCAGGAAGUAUCUGCCAAGGCCCGCUACUUCGGGUACAUCAAGCAGGGCCUGUACCUGGUGACAGAGAUGGAGCGGUUCGCGCCACCACGGAAACGCCCGCGGGCCAUCACCAAGCACUACCGCCUCGUGAGCUUGCGCUCCACCACGCCCGAGGAGCUUUACCACAGGAAGAUCGAGAAUGAAGAGUACGAGGAGGCCUUGUCUCUGGCUCAGACCUAUGGCCUGGAUACGGAUCUCGUGUACCAGAGGCAGUGGAGGAAGUCGGUGGUCAACGUUGCUUCAAUCCAGAACUAUCUGAGUAAAAUAAAGAAGCGGUCCUGGGUUCUGCACGAGUGUUUGGAGCGAGUUCCUGAAACUGUGGACGCUGCCAAAGAGCUGCUUCAGUACGGACUGAAAGGCACAGACCUGGAGGCUCUCCUGGCGAUCGGGAGAGGCGUGGACGAUGGCAGAUUCACGUUGCCUGGCGAUGUAGACAUCGACGGCAUCUCCUACGAGGAGUUUCCCCGCGAGGACGAGCCCGCCCCGAGCACCGGGGAGCAGGAGCGCAGGAGGCGGCGGGAGCUGCUGAGAUUAGUGCACUUCUCCGAGUUAACCCUGGAACAAAAGGAACUUUGUCGCUGUAGACUGAAGUUACUGACCUACUUAGACCGGCUUGCAACCUACGAGCAAAUCCUAGGAGUAUCUCAUGCAUCUGAACAGAGAUAUGAUGCUGAAUUCUUUAAGAAGUUCAGAAAUCAGAAUAUUGUUCUCUCAGCAAGAAAUUAUGCUCGGGAGAGCAACGUGCAGGCCCUGGAGAUUCUCUUCACCUACCACGGAGCCCACCUGCUGCCUCACCGCCUGGCGCUGCUCUCCAGCGUCCCCGAGACCACGUCUCCGCACCAGUAUUCUGUCCUGCUGCCCGAGGCGUGUUACAAUGGUGACUCCUUGGUGAUCCUUCCUUGGCAUGAACGGAAACACCGAGAUCCAGAUUGGAGUGAGCGACCGGAGUGCAGAAUGGUGGUUGAGCCGAACCUGCCAGAUGAAAGUGAAUUCUUGUACGCCGCACAGCCCACGUUACUGAGGUACAAGACCACCGAGCUCGCGGUGGAGACGGCCAUGGACUGGUACCAGAGCCGAGCAGAGGAGAUAGAGCACUAUGCUGGACAGGUCGACUGUGCCUUGUCGCUGGUUCGGCUCGGGAUGGAGCGGCACAUCCCCGGCUUGCUGGUUCUGUGCGACAACUUGGUGACCCUGGAAGCUCUGGUCUAUGAAGCCGGGUGUGACCUCACCCUGACCUUGAAGGAACUCCAGCAGAUGAAAGACAUUGAAAAACUGAGAUUGCUGAUGGAUAGUUGUUCUGAGGACAAGUACGUGACAAGUGCCUACCAGUGGAUGGUUCCCUUUCUUCAUCGUUGUGAGAAGCAGUCUCCUGGUGUGGCUCAGGAGCUAUUAAAAGAAUACUUGGUAACUUUAGCUAAAGGAGACUUAACACUUCCCCUGAAGAUAUUUCAGCAUUCCAAACCAGACCUGCAGCAAAAAAUCAUCCCCGAUCAGGACCAGCUGAUGGCAGUGGCUCUGGACUGCAUCUACGGCUGUGAACGCAGUGACCAGCUCUCCCUUUGCUACGACGUGUUAGAGUGCCUGCCACAAAGGGGCUAUGGCCCGAAGACAGAGGUAACCACUGCUCUUCAUGACAUGGUAGACCAACUGGAACAAAUUCUCAGUGUGUCAGAGAUUUUGGAGAAACAUGGACUUGAGAAACCAAUUUCAUUUGUUAAAAACACUCAGUCUAGCUCAGAAGAGGCACGCAAGCUGAUGGUCAGAUUGACCAGGCACACCGGUCGGAAGCAGCCUCCGGUCAGUGAGACCCACUGGAGGAUGCUCCUACAGGACAUGCUGACCAUGCAGCAGAGCGUGUACACGUGUCUGGAGGCGGACACUUGCUACGAGAUAUUUGCAGAAAGCCUCCUGUGUUCCAGUCGCCUAGAAAACAUCCACCUGGCUGGGCAGAUGAUGCAUUGCCACGCUGGGUCCGUGAACCCGCCAGCCAGCGCCGCCCAGAAAGGGAAGGCCCCGUACAGGGUCAGUUACGAGAAAAGUAUUGACUUGGUCUUGGCUGCCAGCAGAGAGUACUUCAAUUCUUCUGCCAGCCUCACUGACAGCUGCAUGGAUCUGGCCAGGUGCUGCUUGCAGCUGGUAUCAGAUAGACCUCCUGCCAUUCAGGCGGAGCUGGAUCUUAUCCAAGCCGUUGGGUGUCUGGAAGAAUUCGGGGUGAAGAUCCUGCCUUUGCAAGUGCGCCUGUGCUCGGACCGGGUCGGCCUCAUCAAGGACUGUGUGUGCCAGUCCCCCGCGUGCUACAAGCAGGCCGCCAAGCUGCUGGGACUUGCAGAGCUGCUGAGGGUGGCCGGCGAAGACCCAGAAGAAAGGCGUGGACAGGUUCUGAUCCUUCUAGUGGAGCAAGCACUUCGUUUCCAUGACUACAAAGCAGCCAGUGUGCACUGCCAGGAGCUGAUGGCCGCAGGCUAUUCUAAAAGUUGGGAUGUUUGCAGCCAGCUAGGACAGUCGGAGGGCUUCCAGGACCUGGCCAGUCGUCAGGAGCUCAUGGCCUUUGCUCUGACGCACUGUCCGCCUGGCAGCAUUGAACCCCUGCUGGCAGCGAGCAGCUCUCUGCAGACAGAAAUUCUUUACCAAAGAGUGAAUUUCCAGAUCCAUCGGGCAGGAGAAGAGAGUGUCAGUGCUGGGCCGUUCCUUAGUAAAGUGCUGCCAGAGGAUGAAGUCGGUGUCCCAGACAGCCGCUCCUCCGACCUUCUGCACUGGACCACGGCCACCACCAUGAAAGUCCUUUCCAACACCACGACCACCACCAGGGCGGUGCUGCAGGCGGUCAGCGCCGGGCAGUGGUGGAAGAAGUCUCUGACUUACCUGCGCCCCCUCCAGGGGCAAGAAUUUGGUGAUGCUUAUCGAAGCGGAAUCAAAGGCAAUGAAGGGUUAGAAAAACAAGGCUGUCAUCCAUUUUAUGAAUCUGUCAUUGCGAAUCCCUUUAUCACAGAGUCUGAAGUAACCUAUGACACCUAUCAGCAUGUCCCCACAGAAAGCUUUGCAGAGGUAUUGCUGAGGACUGGGAAGCUGGCAGAGACUAAAACGGAAGGAGGAGAAGUAUUUCCAACAACAGAAGUUCUCUUGCAGCUAGCAAGCGAUGCUUUACCAAAUGACAUGACCUUGGCCCUCGCUUACCUCCUGGCCUUGCCACAGAUGCUGGAUGCUAACCAGUGCUUCGACACGCAGUCCUGCUCGGCCCUGUCUCUCCAGCUGGCCGCCUACUACUACAGCCUGCAGAUCUACGCCCGGCUGGCUCCGUGUUUCAGGGACAAGUGCCAUCCUCUUUACAGGGCCGACCCUAAAGAGCUCAUCACGACGGUCACCAGGCACAUGACUCGGUACGGACAGGAGGCCUGGCCCGAGGACGUCGUCUCCCUGACCAAGCAGUUGCACUACUACAACGAGCGUCUCCUGGACUUCACGCAGGCUCAGACCCUGCAGGGCCUGCGGAAGGGCGUGGACGUGCAGCGGUUCACCGCCGACGACCAGUAUAAGAGGGAGACCAUCCUGGGCCUGGCAGAGACCCUCGAGGAGCACGUCUACGGCAUCGCACUCUCGCUGGCGCAGCGCUACAGUGUCCCCCGCUGGGAAGUGCUCAUGACCCACCUGGAGUUCCUGUUCAGCGACAGCGGUUUGUCCACAGUAGAAAUUGAAAGUCGAGCCCAAGUCCUUCAUCUCUUUGAGACAUUGAAGACUGACCCCGAAGCCUUUCGCAAGCGCAUGGUCAAGUACAUUUACCCCACUAUCGGGGGCUUCGACCACGAACGGCUGCUGUACUAUUUCACUCUUCUGGAGAGCUGUGGGUGUGCAGAUCUGGGGGAAUACGCCAUUAAACCAGAAACCCACAUUCGGUUGCUGAAGAAAUUUAAGGUAGUUGCAUCAGGUCUUAACUACAAACAGCUGACAGAGGACAACGCCAGCCCCUUGGACGCACUGCAGCCAGUUCUUUCAAGUCAAAAUAUCUUAUCUAUUUCCAAGCUCGUUCCCAAAAUCCCCGACAGGGACGGACGGAUGCUUUCCCCGAGCUCCCUGUACGCCACCUGGUUACAGAAGUUGUUCUGGACGGGGGACCCCCACCUCCUGAAACAAGCCCCAGCGUCCUCCCCGGAGUGGCUCCGUGCCUUCGAGGUCUGCACAAAGUACUUCGAUCGCCUGCACCCCGGGGACCUCACCGCCGUGCUGGACGCAGUCACGUUUUCUCCAGCAGCUGUGACCAAGCUUUCAGUGGAGGCGCGGAAGGAGAUGACUAGCACGGCCAUUAAGGCGGUCAAACGUUUCAUCGAGAAGCCAAGGAAAAGAAACUCAGAAGAAGACAUUCAGGAAGCCGGUGACUCUGAGGUGACCUAUGCAGAUGCCUUGAGUCAUCUGGAGAAAUCCCUCGCUCACCUGGAAACCCUGGACCACAGCUUCAUUGUUGCUCUGCAGAACAGUGAGCAGGAAAUACUACAGAAAUACAGUCGCCUCUAUGAUCUGUCCCGGUCAGAAGAGGGGAAGCUUCAUGAUCAAGCCGUGGCCAUGUGUUUGGACGGUCAGCCUCUAGCGAUGAUCCAGCAGCUGCUGGCGGUGGCCGUGGGCCCGCCUGACCUCUCGCCCAAGGACAUCGUACAGAGCGCGGUCACGAGAGUCGUUUCCGCACUGAGCGGAGGCAGCGCUGACCUCGGGGGGCCACGGGACCCACUGCAGGUCCUGGAAGGUGUGGUUGCAGCCGUCCACGCCAGUGUGGACAAGGGAGAAGGGCUGGUGUCCCCCGAGGACCUGCUGGAGUGGCUGCGGCCUUUCUGUGCUGACGACGCCCGGCCUGUGAGGCCCCGCCUCCACGCGCUGCAGAUCCUGGGACAGUCCUUCCACCUGAGCGAGGAGGACAGCAGGCUGCUCAUGCUCUUCAGGACGGAAGCCAUCCUCAAAGCCACGUGGCCCCAGAGGCAGGUGGACGUGGCGGACGUGGAGAGCGAGGAGCGGCGCGGCUCACUGUUUGCGGAGCUGCUGGAGGCCAGCCGCCGGCCACACGAGUUCCAGCACCUGGCCCUGCUGCUGCAGGCCUGGCCGCCCACGCGCCAGGAGCUCGCAACCAGCCGCACGGAGAAUCCUUGGGUGAGACUUGCUACAGUGAUGCUGACCAGAGGCGCAAGGGAGCACAAGGAGGCGCUGGGGGCCGAGGUGCUGGAGAUGUGCCGCUCUCUGUACGGCACCAAGCACAUGCUCCCUGCACAGUGUGUGGAGGAGCUGUCGGCGCUGCUGCAGAGCCAGGCCCUCCUGCUCCCCGCCCUGAAGCUGCUGCUGGACAGCGAGGACGAGCACCUGCACGCCGUGGCCCUGGGGCAGGUCACCGCCGUCACACAGGUGAACGACUCAAACUGUGACCAGGAGGUCCUGUCCCUGCUCCUGGAUGCCAAGCUGUUGGUGAGGUGCGUCUCCACGCCCUUCUACCCGCACCUCGUCCGGCACCUCUUGGCCAGCCCUCAGCCGGGGCGCUGGGACGCGGAGGAGCUGGCCGGACACUUGCGGGAGGCCGGCCAUGAAGCCGAAGCUGGGUCGCUCCUCCUGGCCGCGAGGGGGACGCAUCGGGCCCUGCGGACGUUCAGCACGGCCCUGGGCGCGAGCCGGCACUGGGUGUGAG